AACCACUGCGAGAAAGAGUCAUGUGUUAACGGUGGAACUUGUAUCAAUGGAGUCGUUAGCUUCGAGUGCCGAUGUCUAGAGGGAUUUUCUGGAAAGCGAUGUGAAUCAGGUUUGUGACAAAUACUUUUUGCCAAUCAACGCCCCUAAUGGAAAUAAUCGGUGGACAUGUUGUACAGACACCUGGAGUCUGCAUGGAACGGACCAGCAGUAUGCCUAUGGGGCAAUAAAGCUUAGAUAAUUUUCACUGUUGUUGUUGAAUGAGUUAUGAUCAAGAGUGUAUCUAUGUGUGCAUAUCGAUUGUCCACUUUUAAAUAAUUGUUAAAUAAAGUUCGUAUUUAACGCGCGCUAUCAUGGAUUGAAAGAGCGUGUGCUAUCAGAGUAAAAAACACGGAGCUGAACAAAAGCUUUCACGCCAUCUACCAAUUUGUACUACGUCUCGUGUUUCCACCUACACUUCUUUCGGGCUCCCACCGCUUCUUAGCUGCUUCACAAUAGAACAAAGCACAUUCAAGACUUCUCUCUAUGUAAAUUAACAUUAUUAUUAAUAUUUCACAAUUUAUUAUUUAUUGUUGUUAUUGAUAUUAUUAUUAAUAUUAUCAUUAUCGUCAUUAUUAUCAGUAUGAUUAUGAUUCUUAUAUGCGUCUCUUGAAAUCCUCUUGCAAGGCAAAAUCUAAGAGCAAAGCUUCCUGUACGAGGCCCGAUGUAUCAAGAGUUUAUUAUUAUUAUUAUUAUUAUUAUUAUUAUUAUUAUUAUCAUUAUUAUCGUUGUUAUAAUUACCAGUGUCAAAAGCCAAUAGUAUGUACUAUAUGCUUUUUUCUUAGGCUUAUUGAUCAAUUCUACAAUAUUGGCGGGCAACACCAACUUUCUCGGCAAUCUGUCACAUUUUUUGUCGCCUGCUGUAGGAAAUAGUUCACAGUGGUUGCUAUGCCACGGCUGGGCUGUAAGCACCUUCCACACCAGUUGCGACCAUAGACCAAACACCGUGACCAUCAUAAAAUAUGGCCAGAACGUGUUUGGAGGAUACACUGAUAUUACUUGGGGUAAAAAGACUUUCUUUUAACUUCGCAUGAAAAAGGUUAAACUAUGCAAGUAAAUCAGUCUCUGAUAUUUCCACUCAAGGGAGUUCUAGUUCUCAGCGGCCCUUUAACUACUUCCUUACCCAAAUAGGGCGAUAGCUUAAACUCUACCUACACUUUUGUUCUUUAGAUUCUUCUGAUUCUUAUGGCAACACUUCCAAUUCGUUCAUAUUUUCUCUACGGAACGAAGAAGAACUGCAUCCAUUUAAGAGCAUUAUCAAAGCACCACAAUAUGCAAUUUACAAGCAUCUGGUGUAUGGUCCAACAUUUGGACAUGCCUGGGACAUUUACAUUUCGGACAAUGCUAACAGCAUCGGUUAUUCAUUCGCCCAUUUUAGAACCUACGAGGCACCAAAAGAAUCACAAGAUCCAAUCACAAUCUUGUCUGGUGCAUCGCACUUCUCUCCUGAUGACUGGGAGGUGUUUUACCUCGGUUAA